AUGACGGCAAAAACGCUCGCAAGACGGCUAUUCCAACAGCAAGCGCCCCGGCGAUUAUGUGCGCCUUCAAUACAGCGUCGACAAUUCUUCUCUGUACCCGGGGCUCUUAGCGACACGCAAACCUUGACAGCGUCACGAACGCUACCAUACCCCCCUGAGGCUCUCUACGACCUGAUUGCCGAUGUCGACUCAUACCAGCAGUUUGUCCCGUACUGCUCCCUGUCAAAAGUUACGCAGUGGUCAUCCGAGGAUGCCAAUGGUCGUAAGUGGCCAAUACAGGCUGACCUCCAUGUGGGAUGGGGCGGCUUCAAUGAGGCAUUCACGAGCCGGCUGCGCUGCGUCCCCCAGGUCUCCGUUGAAGCUGUCAGCGGCGACCCAUCUGGCAAAGGAGGACCAGACGCAUCUUCAGUAUUCAAGAGUUUAAUUACGCGAUGGUCUCUGCAGCCUCACAAAAGCACAACAUCUCCGUCAACGGUAGUCGAUCUCAGUAUCAGAUACCAGUUUGCCAACCCACUAUACGCCGCUGUAAGCGCAACUGUAUCUGACAAGAUUGCUGGCCUCAUGGUCGAGGCGUUUGAGAAGCAGGCCAGGACAAGACUAGGGUCUCCACGGUCUAUGCGACAACACCUGUAA